AUGACUUGUGCUCAUAUAGCAGCCGACAAAGGCAGCGUAGCCGUCAUUAAAGAACUCAUGGGAUUCAACAAAAAUAUAGUCACAGGAGCAAGGAACAGGAAAAGUGGGAACACGCCACUUCAUUUAACAGCUUCUGGUGGACAUAAAAAUGCUCUCCUUGAACUCUUAAAGAAUGGAGCUUCGGCAACUGAUGAGAAUUUGGAUGGAAUGACUGCAAUACAUCUUGCUGCCCAGUAUGGGCAUGUCCAUAUUUUAGAAACGUUAAAAGAAUAUAUCAGUUUGGAUAUCACCAGUAAAAAGACAGGUCUUACGGCCCUUCACAUUGCAGCGCGAUACGCGCAAUUGAGUUUUGUACAAGAAAUGCUGACCGAAGUCUCAGCUACAAUAGCAAGCAAACCACCUUCAGACAACAGUCUAGAAUAUGAGUAUGGUCUAACCCCAUUACAUCUGGCGGCACAGUCUGGACAUGAGGGUCUAGUGCGGAUUUUACUCAACUCAUCAGGCGUCAAUUUCGCGGCAGUAACAGCCGUUAAUAGACACAUCCCGCUUCACCUUGCUGCUGAAAGUGGACACACAUCAGUGGUCAGUUUAUUACUGAGCAAAUCAACAUCCCAACUACAUUUAGCAGACAAACACAACCGUACUGCCUUGCAUUUAGCUUCAGGGAGUGGUCAAAUUCACAUGGUAGGAAUGCUUCUAGGACAGGGUGCGGACAUCAAUGCUGAGGAUUGUAAUGGCUACACCGCAUUACAUUUUGCGAGCAAAAAAGGAUAUCUGAAUGUAGUUAAAUUAUUAGUCGAAAGUGGUGCCAACACAAAUGCUCAGUGCAAAGAAGGCAAAUUGGCCAUAUGCCUCGCAGCUACACAAAGUAACACAGACAUUCUCAAAUUCCUCACGAGGACAGACUUGGAUACAAAUCGUUUAAUUGAUGACAAAAAGUUUGUAUUCGAUCUGAUGAUCUGUGGUAAACUCAACCACAACAAAUGCCUGGAAGAUUUCAUCCUUGUUUCCAAAGCCCCUUUGCAAACUGCCGUAAAACUGUGCAGGAAUUUCCGUGUGAUAGCCAGCAAAGAAAAAGAACGUGGUAAAGACCUGGAACUUAGUGCAGACUAUUGUGAAAGCAUAGCCAUAGAUAUGAUGAGCAUAGUAUCAAGUCUUUAUAACCCAGAACCUCUUCUUCAUUCUAUCGACGAUAACAAUACGGAAUUUCUUGAUUAUCUUAUUGAAAGUGAACAAAAGAUUGUCGUUGCUCAUCCAGCAGUUCAAGAACAUUUUUCUCACAUCUGGAUUGGAAGUUUAAAUUGGUCAACCUCGUCGAUUUUCUUAUUUUUUCUGGUCUCUUUUCUGUUUCCACCUGUCUGGUUAAUUGUCUCAUUACCAUUAAAACACAAAUAUUCAAGAACGCCAAUUGUUAAGUUCAUGGCUCACUUGAUUUCACAUAUAUACCUCCUCAUCCUUUUUUACAUCACCGUCGUGCAGCCUCUGUAUCCUAUAUCCGAAUAUCCUCGACUCGUCCCCUACUGGUAUGAAUGGUUACUCCUUGCCUGGAUAACAGGCGUCCUCAUUUCUGAGAUAACCAAUCCUGCCGACCGGUCAGGCCUCGGCUGGAUUCGGAUCAUAACCCUGGUCAUCUGCAGUGCAGCAUUCCUCGUUCAUCUUCUCGCCAUUAUUCAGCGUCUCGCUGAUACCGAACUUAGCCUUUACCUUUACAUACGAAACCAAUUUCUAGCAUUCUCAAUGCUGCUCAGCUAUGUCCAGUUAUUGGAGUUCUUCUCAUUUCAUCAUCUCUUCGGUCCUUGGGGUGUUAUCAUCCAUGACCUUAUCAAAGAUUUGAUUAAAUUUUUAGUCAUUUUGUUCUUAUCCGUAAUUGGGUUCGCUUUUCAUUUGUCAGCCGUACAGCAACCCGUUUUCAAAAACACGCGAACCAAUCAAAUCAGUCGGAAUUCAAACGCGGGUAAUAUUUUUGGUCUCUUAUUCUUUUCUCUCUUCGGCAUGGCAGACCGUGAAAAUUUUCCUUUAAUGGAAACAACUCCAGACUGGGCUCCUAUUAUUGUAGAUGUCAUUUUUGGUGUAUAUUUAAUGGUCACGCUUAUCGUACUAAUCAAUCUGCUCAUAGCUAUGAUGUCAGACACAUACCAACGGAUACAAAGCCAAUCAGACACAGAGUGGAAAUUUGGACGAGCCAAACUGAUUCGCAAUAUGAACAAGCAGUCAGCAUCACCUCCACCAUUGAAUUUGUGCACAAUGUUAGCAACCUACACUUGGGCUUUCUACAAACAUCGAUGUAAAAUAUGUACAUUAAAUGUGGAUCCGUUCAUUAAAGGCCAGAAUUUUGAGGAAAACAGCACUCACUCUCCAAAUGAUACGCCUUACAGUCAAAAAUGGAAGAAUAACAAAAUAUCACCAGAAGUUGGCCGUAUUGAAGAUGUUGUGGACUGGCAGCACAUAUGUCAAAAAUAUUGUAACCUACGAGGAACAACAGAUAUGACAGAAAAUGACACAACUAACAACAAAUCAGGCAAUAAAAUGGAAACUCAAAGUAACUCAUCAUAA